CUCUGAUCUUAUGUGCAUACAUGUUAGUGUCACUAUAUAAGAUUAUGUCAUAAUAUUGUUUUGUAACUAAUGUUAGUGGUUAGAGACCACCAAUUAUUUUCCCAUGGGCUUCCAUUAUAACAUAAUGGCCUGUAGGUGUUUACUUAAGUCGAAUCAAAUUUCUCUCAAGAACUAUCUUAGUUCCACCAAAAGAACGGAAGAAAAACAUACGUAUAGUGAUACUUUAUUGGAGUAUUAUUCACAUGAAUGAGAUGACUCCCUGUUUACAUCGUUAGCAUGGCGGGAGAGAAAACCGUUUGAUAUACUCUCUUUUUUUCAAUACACAUUAAAUGUAGCAAGUACUGUAAAAUGUAUAAUUAAAUGCUGUAACUGUAAUAAGUAAUUUUAGUUAAAAAUCGCUUCUUUUUUGUUUACGUUACUGACAGACAUUACCUUAUUCCUAGGUAUACGGUUACCUUAUUUCCAGUAAGUUCCCUGUAUUUUUUUGAAUUGGUGGUCUUUGACCCAGUAUGUAUAUAUAUGUAUCAUAAUAAACGUGAGUUUUUUUAUCAAAAUAUCGAUUUUAUGUUUGUUUUCAUAUACGUUUAACGGAGUCCUCGAAUAAUUCCGCUGUCAUAUGAUAACAUAUAAAUUAGGCUAUUGUCUAUAACUAAGAACUAAUAAAAUUUAACGAUUCACCAGAAACCCCACAAACUAGGUGUUUAUCUCUCUAUGUCUUUGACACUGAAGUUACAAUGACAUUAUUCAUCGAUUUUCUUCGAGCAGGAUUUUCAAACACAGCGAUUGCGUGGUAUAAUCAUGUAUAAUAAUGGAAACAUAAUGUUCAACGCUAUAGUACUUAAGUCGGUGUACUUGAAUGAAAAUCGGAAAAGAUAACGACAUUCACAUUGUCCUUAACAUAAAUAGAUCAAGUUCAUUUGUUAGAUAAGUUAGAAAGCGUUGAUGUUAAUGCAUAUGUUGAUGGAUAAUUGGUUGGAUUACUGAAUUAGGUCACACAAUACAUGCCGUAUAUGAAAAAGUUAAAAUGAACUCACAAACAGUUAAGGCAACAUAAUUCGUUUUCCAUUGUAGACAUACUUGUAGAAAUACUACAGGAGAAAAUGUGUUUUGAAUUUGCUGCUAUAGUUCUCGGCCUAACUGCAAUAUGGGUAUAUGUUUUGCGCGACUGGAGCUUUGCGUUUCUGGCUUAUGCCAUGUUUUUUCCGGGUGUCACUGCUCUGUUUAUGACAGCAGUAAAUGGAAGAUUGAUGUCGUUUUUGAGUAGACUGUCGGGUUCAGCGGAGCCAGUUCGAAGUCUCGUCUUCGCCGUAGCUGCUGUCGUUCUAGUGUAUUGCAUGGUGGAGGCAUGCGUGGUCCUAGCUGUAAGAGCGGGAUGGGCAAGGGAAGCGGAGAUACGUAAGCACAGUAUACAUGAGCAUAACAAGAACCGGUUGUCGGGGUUUCUACGAGCUGCUGGUGAGGAAAUUGGAUGGAGAUGCUUCUUGCUACCAUGUCUUCUUGACAGAUAUUCCGUUUUUACUGCAUUUACUAUAAGUGGUAUUGUAUGGGGACUAUUCCAUGUACCUGUGAUGAUUUUAUUGACAUACAAACUGAAGCCCCAGCGUCCAUAUCUUACCGUGCUUGUGCAGUGUGUUUCGUGUAUGUUAUCUGCCUUUCCGCAUGGAUGGGUGGCUGUCAAAUCAGGUUACUCUAUGUGGGCUUGCAGCGUUAUGCAUUGGUUCUGGAACAUUUAUAAUCCUACAGUGUUAGGCAGUAUCUAUACGAAUACUCCUGGAAAGUAUACUGGUCAGCAGUUGCUCAUUAAUGGUGAAGGAUUGACCGGAUGUCUGGUUAUGUUACCGGUAGCACUGGCAGUGGUUUUAGACCUAAACUAUCAGCUACUGACGGUGUUCUGAUUAGUGAAAAGAUGGGGUCUUUGUUACAUAAAUGCCUCAUUUCUGUUAUAUAUUGUAUAUAUUCGAAACAAAUUAAAGCGAUUACGGAUUUUUGGAAUGCAAACGGAAAACAUUGAGUUUGAAGAUAACCCAGGAAUAUCACACCAAAGACAGUUGACGUUCCAUAAAAAUACGAUCUCUAUUUUCAUAUCUGUCAAGAGAAGAAACUGAGAGAAUAUUUGCUUACCACUGGCAGUUUUUAGUGAGGCAUCAGCUGAAACUCAACGCACUUUUUAUUUGCUCCGGGGAAGGGAGGACACUGGCUAAAGCGACGCCUAUGUUUUUUUUUUGUUAGAAAUAUUAUUCAUCGACAACACCUUUUCUUCAAUAAUUUUACAUAGAUCAGAAUAAAAGGGCUGUCUUGGUGUAUUGUGUUUGCUAGAUUGUCUUCCUACUUUCACACAUAGAGACGUAGAAAAUUAGACGUCUUUACUUUUUUUAUCAUAUCGUAAUAACGAUUGCUGCUGAUUUUAUGACUUCAUAUUUGUAGCUGUUAAAUUGCAAUAUAAAAUGUUUUGUAUGUCAGUUGAUUGUGCAUGUAAUGUUAAACAUUCUAAAGCGCAUUAUAAAUACAUUGCACGUAUAAUGUA